AUGAGGGAGUAUGAGGCAAGGAAGGCUAGAUCUAGAGAUGAUCUAGGGCCAAAUUGGGGAGCGAACCUGCAUCCCCCAGCUGAGGACCACACAGCCAGCCUCCUCCAGCCGAAAGCCUGCCAGAUCCUCAUCACUGGGUUUCACCAACAUAGUGGAUGUUUCCCCUUCCAGAACAAAAAGGAGCGACAGUCCCUUGCAGCUCUUUCUAUAGGCAUCAAAAAGGCUCUGAAGAGUGAGCACGCCACAGCACUGCCCGACUCUGUGCCCUGCAGUCAGCCAGGCAACCCUGCUUGGUCUCUUCUGCUUGCCCGGACCGGGCACCUAAGCCAUACUCUGUUCAGAGAGGCCUUGAGAUCCAGCGUGAUUGCGCCGACACUGCUCUGUGGCUUUCUCUGCUUGGUGUGGGUUGCUGCUGCGGUUCCAGAAGAGAGCAGAAGGAUGGCUGCUAGUGGAGCCAGAAGCCAGGAGGGCCGUCGGAAGCAUGCCUUCGUGCCAGAGGCAUUUGAUGGAGCCAAUGUAGCCCCACACCUUUGGCUGCACCGCUUGGAGGUCAUCAAUGACCUCAACCAUUGGGACUAUGACACCAAGAUGAGGUUCCUGAAAGAAUCCCUCAGGGGAAAUGCCCUGGAGGCCUACCGUGGACUCGGUGCCAAGGAGCAGGGAGACUAUGAGACUGUGAAAGAGAUGCUCCUGCGGGGCUUCGGGGGUUCCGCGGCUGCCCACAGCCACCUGCCCAAGGAGAUCGUCUUUGCCUUCAGCAUGGGUAAGGGCUACUACCUCAAGGGGAAGAUUGGCCAUGUGCCUGUGAGGUUCCUGGUGGAUUCCGGGGCCCAGGUCUCUGUGGUCCACCCUAGCCUGUGGGAGGAGGUCACCGAUGGUGACUUGGACACCCUGCGACCCUUUGAGAAUGUGGUAAAAGUGGCCAAUGGGGCUGAAAUGAAGAUCCUGGGUGUGUGGGAUACAGUGGUGUCCCUGGGCAAGCUCAAGUUGAAGGCAGAGUUCCUGGUGGCCAACGCCAGUGCCGAGGAGGCCAUCAUUGGUACUGACGUGCUCCAGGACCACAACGCUGUCCUGGACUUCGAGCACCGCACAUGUACCCUGAAAGGAAAGAAGUUCCGUCUUCUGCCUGUUGGAGGGUCCCUGGAAGAUGAGUUUGACCUGGAGCUCAUAGAGGAGGAGUCCUCAGAGGAGGGGGGCCAGCAGCUCUCCUAUUGA